AUGGGCAGUACACGCGGCGCUCUAGUGGUGGUAGGCAGUGGCCCAGGAAUCGGCAGCCACGUCGCACGCACCUUUUCUUCCCACGGCUUCACACGCAUCAUCCUGCUUUCCCGCGAUCCCUCACGUCUGGAGGAGGAUGCAAAGUUCAUCCGCUCUGAGACUCCCUCUGCCGAUAUUUCCACUUUGGCUAUUGAUCUGUCCAAGACGUCUGAGAUAGCUUCGGCACUGGCUCAAGUCGACAAGGCACUCAACGACACACCCAUCGAAGUUGUCCUUUUCAAUGCCGCACGAGUGGGUCCAAGCACACUGGUCUCAUGGCCCAUGGAAGAGCUAGAGCUAGACCUGCGCAUCAAAGUCACAGGCUGCUAUGCAGUAGCCCAAUGGGCGAUUCCCAAGCUACUAGCUGUGAAGAACACCCACAAGCCCGCUUUCCUCUGCACAUCAGGCUCCAUCUACAAAGACCCUAUUCCAGAGGUGUUUUCGCUGUCGGUGUGCAAAGCCGGCCAACACAAUUUGGUGCACAGUAUACAUAAGAAGUAUAAGGAAGAGGGUGUAUAUUGUGGUCUUGUUGUUGUUGGAGGUGUGGUUGGUGAUGAUCGUCCUCAGUGCAAUGCUGAGAAUAUCGCAAACAAGACUUGGGCUUUGUAUGAGGAGCGCAGUGAUCUGGAGGUUGAGAUUUUGGAUGGAUAG